GAUCUCGUCGGGAUGUUUUUACGCGACUUUGAACGUUCCUCACCGGUUCCAUCCGUGAUGUUGGGAUUUCUGCUGGAUCUUUAGCUAUGAUUUCUGGGUAUGGGUCUGUGUCUGGGCUCAGAGGUGACAGAGGAGGGUAAGAAGGCGAAGAUCCACAGCUCGCAGAUAGACAGAGAUCUGUACGAGUAUGCCAAGAGAGAGAUGAACCUGGUGAAGAUCCUCAUGCUGGGUGCUGCUGAAAGUGGGAAAAGUACGCUGGUCAAACAGAUGAAGAUUAUCCACAGUCAUGGAUUCACCAAACAAGAGCUAGCCAGUUUUAAGCCUGCGGUGUUGGAUAACCUCUUGACCUCUAUGAAGUUUGUCCUCCAUGGAAUGGGCAUCCUUCGCAUCAACCUCACUAACAGCAAGAACAAGGUCCACGCUCACUCAGUUCUCUCAUGUGGCCGUUGCUUCGACGAAGACCAGAUGCUGUUCCCGUUCAUAGGCCACGCCCUCUGCUGUUUGUGGGCGGAUCAGGGGGUGCGGUCAGCAGCGGCGCGAGGAUACGAGUACGAACUCAAUGACUCGGCACUAUACUUUUUUGAGAACAUGGGCCGGAUCAUCACCCCUGAUUACAUGCCGACAGAAACGGACGUUUUAAGAGUCCGACUGAGAACCACAGGAGUGAUUGAGACACAGUUCAAAGUCAAGCACCUGGUCUUCAGAAUGUAUGACGUUGGAGGCCAGAGGACGGAGAGGAGGAAGUGGAUCAGCUGUUUUGAGGAUGUGAGGGCCGUGCUGUUCGUUGUGUCUCUGAGUGGAUACGACAUGACGCUAGUAGAAGAUCCAUCGAUGAAUCGACUUCAGGAGAGUCUCAAGCUGUUCUCAUCAAUCUGCAAUAACGUCUUCUUCAGAAGUACUUCUAUGAUAUUAUUCAUGAACAAGAUUGAUCUUUUCCAAGAGAAGAUUCUCCACUCCGGGCGUCAUCUGCGGCAUUACCUUCCCCAGUUCAGAGGAGCUGACUGUGACGUGGACGCUGCCGCCCGGUUCAUCGCCUCAAUGUUUGUCUCUCUCAACAUGACGCCCAGCAAACUCAUCUACCACCACUUCACCACAGCCACCGACACCUCCAACGUACAGGUGGUUUUUCAAGUCGUCAUGGACACCAUCAUCAAGGAGAACCUGGAGGCCGUGUCUCUGCUCUAAGAACCACUCCUCCUUUAAAAACUCAAUAAAAACUCACGGAUGAGCCCUUCACAAUGCUGAUGGUAUUUAUUGUAUAUGAUGCUCUGAUACUCAUCAGAAUGCACACUUUUCAUGAAGCAAUAACUGAAUGAAUGCCAGUUUAUUUUCUUCUUGCUUAUAUAAAAUAAGUAAUAAAAAUGCAAUAAUCAA